GGGGGACGCGCUGCGAGUGCGCUGCACCCGGCACAGACGCGGCGCCGCCGCCCCAGGAGAGCGGGGCAGCGCGAAGCUGGCUGAAGACCCAGACCCCCUCCCCGCGGCGCAGUGCGAGGAUGAGCGGCGGGGCGGGAGGCGACCGGGCGGGCGCCAUCAGCAGCGCGCUGCCCGCCAUCCCCUCCAGCAAGCUGCCGGACCUGCGCUUCCUCAGCCGCGGCGCCUAUGGCACGGUGUCCGCCGCCCGCCACGCCGACUGGAGGGUCCCGGUAGCCCUCAAGUGCCUGCAGGGCCCGCUGCUAGACAGUGAUAGAAACCACCUUCUAAAAGAAGCAGAGAUAUUGCACAAAGCUAGGUUCAGUUACAUUCUGCCAAUUUUGGGAAUUUGCAAUGAGCCUGACUUUCUGGGGAUUGUAACGGAGUACAUGGCAAAUGGAUCCCUGAACCAGCUAUUACACGGGAAAGAUAUGUAUCCUGACAUUGCCUGGUGCCUGAGAUACCGCAUUCUUUAUGAAAUUGCUUUGGGAGUGAACUAUUUGCACAACAUGAAUCCUCCAUUGCUGCAUCAUGACUUGAAAACCCAGAAUAUUUUGUUGGAUGAUGAGUUUCAUGUCAAGAUUGCAGAUUUUGGCAUGUCAAAAUGGCGUGUCAUAUCCAUGUCACAGUCACGCAGCGAAACUUCCUUGCCAGAAGGAGGGACCAUUGUCUACAUGCCCCCUGAAGAUUACAAUCCCAGUCAGAAAACUCGGGCAAGUGUGAAACAUGAUAUCUACAGUUUUGCAAUUAUUAUAUGGGAAGUGAUGUCAAGGAAACACCCAUUUGAAGAAGUUAUAAACCCCUUGCAGAUAAUGUAUAGUGUGUCACAAGGACAUCGACUAGACUUAAGUGAAACCAGCUUAUCAAUGGACAUUCCGCAUCGAGCUCUUGUCAUAAGAUUGAUAGAAAGUGGAUGGGCGCAAAACCCAGAUGAAAGACCAUCAUUCCUAAAAUGUUUAAUAGACCUCGAACCAGUCCUGAGAACGUUUGAUGAAAUAGCUAUCCUGGAAGCAGUAAUUCUCUUAAAGAGAUCAAAGUCACAGUAUGAAUCGCCGUGUAUCCACAAGAGUGGAAAAAAAGCAAUUGUGGAGAAAACACCUCUAAAUAUACCACUGAAUCCCCAAGAGGAAACAUCCGCUUCAAUACACUGUGAUGCACUUCCUCUUCGGAGCGUCUCUCCAGAUAUAUCACGACUCAAAUCUCUUCCCCAGUGUAAUAUCCUCUCAUCAGGGACCGCUGGUGAGAAAGCAGAAAAGACAAUUGGCUUUACUGCUGUAAAGCAGAGCAUCAAAAAGUGUGCUGAUGGAGAUUCUGGUGGUCUGAACUCUCUCAGCUGUCAGAGUGCAGAUGAAAAUCUCUCCGUAACUCAAAGCGCCAAACCUUUUGUGCAUCCAUACAGUUACCUUCCUUCAUCUGACAAGAAUAUUUCAGUUGCCUCAAAUUCUUCAUCAUGUAUGCUGCAGACAUCACCAAUUUCCUCAGAUUUUGUUUUGGAAACCAUACAACAGAAUGUAGCUCAUCAGUGGAUCCAAAGUAAGAGAGAAGAAAUUAUUGAUCAGAUGACAGAAGCAUGUUUGAAUCAGUCACUGGAUGCUCUUCUAUCAAGAUUUUUACUCAUGAAAGAAGACUAUGAACUUAUAAGCACCAAACCUACAAGGACAUCAAAAGUCCGACAACUACUUGAUACCUCAGAUAGCCAAGGAGAGGAAUUUGCCAGAAUAAUAGUACAGAAGUUGAAAGAUAACAAACAGCUAGGACUUCAACCUUAUCCAGACAUUGUACCUAAUUCUCUAAGACUGCAUCUUUAAAUGUAUUUGUUUCUGUUUGAAGCCAUGUGAAUAUUUCUUAAUACACAACUCUUUGUUUCUACAUAGUAAUUUUAUAUCUGUACUGCUUUGUCUUUACUACAAAUUGCUAGAAUCUCAAACAAAGACACUGGGUUCAUCAAGACUGCAUUUGGUGAGUUACCAGUUGGAGUUCAGUCAGAAAGCCAAAAACUUGACACUGGUGGACUGAUUUUAUACAAGUAUUUUGUUUAUAUAUAACAAAGAAAAAUCAUCAAAUUAUUCCUGUUUUACGUAUUUUCUGUUUAUACAUAUCCUUCCAGUUCACAGGAUAGAGACAACUUGAUAUUGGUUGUUCUCCCUCUAUCUGGUUUUUCCUCUAGAGGAGAGAAAAAGCUGCAUGCUCUAUUUUUAGUCUUGUAUGUUGUGUUUAUAAAUAAAUUUCCUUGAGUAUUCCUCUCAAUAUACCUGAGAGGAAUGGAUGUUA